CUUCUUCCAAUGCCAUGGAGGGAGGGAGACAGAGCAACAUUUCCCAACCCUCCUUCCUCUUCCUCCCUUCUCUGCUCCUCCUCCUCCACGUACUCCCCCAUCAAUGACGCUUGAACCACACCAUCUCCGCAGAAACAGCAGCAGCCGGAAAAUAAUUCCGGCCACCACCACCGCUGCAACCGACUCCGACGACCUCACCAUCGCACCACCAUCGUCCUUCAAGAGGUUCCCCUCCUCCAAGCACCUGUCCAAGCCCCACAAGCUAGCCUCCCUCAUCCGGUCCCUCUCCACUACCCUCCUCCCCUUCAAGACUUUCCUCCCCUCCUGUCGCUGGUCCAAGUUCGCCUCCUCCUCCUCCUCUUUUUCGUCUCCGUCAUCCCGCCGAGUUCCUGUCCUGGGCAAGAAAGUGACCGGCACCCUCUUCGGCCACCGCAGGGGCCACGUUAACUUCGUGGUGCAGGACGAGCCGGGGUCGGAGCCGGCGCUGCUGCUGGAGCUGGCCAUGCCGACGAGCUCGCUCGUGAAGGAGAUGGCGUCGGGGCUCGUGAGGCUCGCCCUGGAGUGCGAGCGGGCCGCCGGGAAGCCCCUCUUCGGCGAGCCCUUCUGGACCAUGUACUGCAACGGGCGCAAGACUGGGUACGCCAUGUCCAGGGAGUGCGGCGAGAGCGACCAGAAGGUGCUGGGCUUGCUCCGGGCCGUCUCCGUCGGGGCAGGGGUGCUGCCCUUGGCUCAGGAGGGUGGUGAACUCAUGUACAUGCGUGCUAGGUUCGAGAGGGUGGUGGGUAGCUCGGAUUCAGAGGCCUUCUACAUGAUGAACCCUGAUGGCAAUGGCGGCCCUGAACUCAGUAUAUUCCUUAUCAGAAUAUAAUUGACAAAGGAAGAAGAAGAAUCAUUGUUCUGUGGUUCUUGCUUUUCUCUUUUAGGGGUUUAAUUAAUGGGUUCUUAUGGCUGUUGGUGUUGUAAAUUAAGUAGGGGAUUUGGAUUUUGGGGUUUUCAUGUUUCCUUUCUUCCUUCAUGUUGGAGAAAUUGGGAAGUGGGGAUUUUGUUCUGUAGUUGGUAGUUUUGUUGCAUUCUGCUGACUGCUGUGCCUGUGGAUGUUGGGAGACAGAGGGAGGGGAGAGGACAAAUGUCUGAAAGAGGGGAAAGCGAUGUUGGUGUUGCAGAGGAUAGUUCUUUGUUUGUAUGUGUAUGGAUGUCUCCCAAUUAUAAAAAAGAUGGGAUGCUCGAUUUUUCUAGUAUAAUAUGAAGCAGGCAUCAGUAUGCUGUUGUUACAUGAAACGCUCGUCCUUGGAAUAUAAAAAUACCAAAAAGAAUUAGAUAUUGUA